AUGUCAAAAUGCGUGUGUGUGAUUGGAGCCGGAGCGGCCGGGUUGGCGGCGGCGAAGCAUUCAGUCGCCAAAAGUUUGAAUGUGGAAGUAUUCGAGCAGACAGGCCAGAUUGGCGGAACUUGGGUGUAUUCGGAAAAACGCGGCUGCCAUUCAAGCAUGUACAAAAAUCUAAAAACAAAUCUUCCAAAAGAGGUGAUGCAAUUCAAAGAUGUGCCAUUCAAAAACGAGCUGCCGUCAUUUCUAACGCACGAGGAAGUGCUCGAGUAUCUCGCCGAGUUCGCUGAAGGCCUUCCCAUCAAUUUUGAGCAUACCGUCGAAAAUGUCGAACGAUUAGAUGACAAAUGGCAGGUAACUGUGCGGAAUAAACAAAACGAGGAAUUCUCGAAGCUUUACGAUGUUGUCUUCGUGUGUAAUGGGCAUUAUUCGCAGCCGAAUAACCCAUACGCGAACUCGAAUUUCAAAGGCACACUCAUUCACAGUCAUGAUUAUCGGACCCCCGACGAAUUUGCCGGCUUAGAUGUGAUUGUUAUUGGGGCGGGACCUUCCGGCAUUGAUAUUGCGUUGCAAUUGGCGGAAACUGCCAAAAAAAUAACGUUAAUUAGUAGAAAGGCAACGUACCCGGAGCUUCCGGAAAAUAUCAAACAAAUCAGCCAACAUGUUACACAGGUUACUGAAUCCGGAUGCAUUGCGGAAGACGGUUCGGAAUAUUAUAGUGAUGCCAUUAUUGUGUGUACGGGUUAUUUUUACAAGUUUCCAUUCCUUUCCGACAAUAUUCUUCAAUUAAAAGAAAAUGACCAACUUGUUUCGCCUUUAUUUGAGCACGUUGUGCAUGUCAAAUACCCGACAAGUCUGUUUUUCAUUGGUCUUAAUUUGGUAACAAUCACAUUCCCACUAUUCGAAUAUCAAAUUGAGAUGGCGUUGAAUUUCGCGACGGGCGUUGCCAAAAUUCCCGAACGUGUCGAAUUGGAGGAGUUUGAGCAAAAACAACUCGAACAUCAGAAAUCUCGCGGCCUCCUUCCUCGCUUCUAUCAUCUCCUUCAACACGAUCAAUGGGAAUACAUGCGUCGUCUGGCAAAACUAGGCAACUUCAGCGAAUGGCCAUAUAUGAGAACGAUUGAGAAAAUUGUGAUCUACCUGCAAGACGAGCGCAAGAAGAAUGUGCAGGGUUACAAGAACAUCAAUUUCGAGCUUAGCUCAGAUUCAACCGAUUUCAAUGUUAUAAAUUGCUGA